AUCUCUUCCUAUACAUUGCCUUGCUAUUGCUAGCCCUGACAAUUAAGCAAAAAAUUAUAUUUGUCCUUCGUUAUAUGUUUUUGAUUCUAUUUGCCCUUACCAUCCAACUCUGAACACAUAUUUGCCCUCGGACUGCUAAGUCGAAGUAACGAUAAAUAGCAAUAGUCGUUGUUUGCGGGCUUAAAAGUUAAAUAUUCUGAUGAAGAUGUGAUACAACUUAAAUAGUAGUAGCAAGUACAUGUGAAAUUGGCCAUCUGGUGCAAGCCCAAUGGGCCCUUUACUAUUACCAACAAAAUUGUAUCCCCUUUAUACACCUAAAAACCCUAGAGCUUUCAUUCUCUUACUUGCGCAAACACAAAGCUCUGUAGUUGCCUCUCACUAGCGCAGUAAAGAGAUCUGCAAGGAUGUACACGUCAAGGCAAAAGAUUCACAAAGAUAAAGAUGCUGAACCUACUGAGUUUGAGGAGUCUGUUGCACAGGCUUUCUUUGAUCUGGAAAACACCAACCAAGAACUGAAAAGUGAAUUGAAGGACCUAUACAUCAAUUCAGCAAGUCAAAUUGAUGUGUCAGGAGGAAGCAGGAAAGCUGUUGUUAUCCAUGUGCCCUACAGACUGAGGAAAGCUUUCCGCAAGGUUCAUGUUCGCCUUGUUAGGGAGUUGGAGAAGAAAUUCAGUGGCAAGGAUGUAAUCUUUAUUGCCACCAGGAGGAUAAUGAGGCCUCCCAAGAGAGGUUCAGCUGCUCAACGACCCCGCAGCAGAACUCUUACAUCUGUUCAUGAUGCCAUAUUGGAGGACUUGGUUGUUCCAGCUGAGAUUGUUGGGAAGCGUACCAGGUAUCGCGUUGAUGGCUCCAAGAUAAUGAAGGUGUUCUUGGACCCCAAGGAACGCAACAACACCGAGUACAAGUUGGAGACCUUUUCAGCAGUUUACAGAAAGCUUUCGGGCAAAGAUGUCGUGUUUGAGUACCCCACUGAGCCUUGAGGAAAUGAAUGAAAUGCAUGUCUUCAUCUAUUUGAUGUGAAAUGUUGAAACUGCACAUUAGUUGUCCCUCCUUUGAAAUUUUGGCAAUUCCAUUUUGUUUUAGAAUGCAGAGAACUAUGUGAAAUUUCUAUCAAUUUUAAGUUAAAACCGUGUUGCUAUGUCA